AUGGCAUCAUUAUCAUCACUACCAACAUCAUCAUCAUCAUCCCCCUCAUCAACAACUACUACGUCAUCAUCGUCAUCGAUGACGUCAUCGUCAUCUCAUUUUUCUGAGGAGGAGGAAAUUUUGAAACUGCCCCAUGAGCUCAUGGAUUUUCCGCUGGGUUUCGUCGUAGACGCAGGUGGUUCAGUAACUAAAGUUCUUUAUAGAUCAAAGUUGGAUUACAGUGCCGGGAGACUCAUUAAGCCGUCUGACCACGGACUGCUCCGCUUGAGGUAUUUCAACACAGUCGACGUCAAACUAAUCAACGACUUCCUGAAAGAAAACUGUGACGUCAGAGCGGCACGUGAUCAAAACAUAAACAACAGCACAUCACGUGACAACAAUAGUAGUAGUAGUAGUAGCAAUAAUGGUAGUAGUUGUAGCAGCGACAAAGUCACGUGGUACAUGACGGGUGUGACCACACAGCACUUUAAAGCCAGUCUAGAACGCGAUUUUGGAAUUUCGUUAAUCUUAUACAGUGAGAUGAUGGGUCUUCAAAAAACUUUGAAAAAUUUUCCCGCCCUAAAUGUCGGCCAUUUUGAAAAAAACAUGGCCGCCAUCCAUAGCGCCGUUAAUUCUAUUAGGACCAUCGUCCCAGCCAUGAGGAAAUUUACCGAAAUAGAAGAAAAUAAUAAUAAUAAAAGCAAUAAUAAUAAUAUCUUUGGCGGUGACAAUGAUGAUGUUAAAAAUGAUUUAAAUGUGAAUUAUGAUAACGAUCGCGGAGCGAAAGAAGAUGAAGAAAUGAAUGAAGAUGGAAAUACCGACAGCAGAGAUUCACCACUACCAGCUGUGGGACUACUGACGACAGAUGACGUGAAUGGAUGGAUCGUUGAGAACCUCCUCACCUUGCAUUCAAACCUGGACUUUGUGACUCCAUGCAUCGUUGUCCUAUUUGGCUCGGCGUCUGUUACUUUCUUGGAUUUUGACGAAUUUAUGAAAAUGGCCGAAAAGGGCAGGGCCGAAAAUGUGACGACGAUGACGUCAGAUCUACGUCACAAAAACCACCACGAUGACGAUUCCUACAAUGCCAUUCCGGACAACGUCCCGGCCUUUCAAUUGGGGAAACUUUCCUCAUCGGGUUUCCAAGAAAGAGCUAAAUAUUCAAAAGAGGAUUUGGCCGCGGGGUUAUUAAGUUUCCAAGCCAAAACAGUCAGCAAGCUGGUCCUACUCAACUGCAGGGUCCACAAGAUCUCAAACGUCUACAUGUGUGGCUCGCUCGCCAAGUAUGCCUUGGCUAGAAGGCUCAUCGAAGAAGACUUCGUCACUGAAGCUUUGUAUCUGAAUAUAACCGAGGGGGGUCCACUAAUCAAAAUGGACUUCAUCAGACAUCCAGGCUUUCUGGUUGGUCUUGGUAUCUGGCUGGCAAAUGUUGAGCUGAAUAAAAGAUUGAAGGAAAAAUCGCCGGAAUGAUAAUUUUUCUCAAUAAAGCGCUAUAUAAAUAUAAACAAUCAAUAAUUUUAUGAAUUAAUAAACAAUUAAAUAGAAGUUUAAAUGAUAUUUAUAUUUUGUGUGAGAAAAAAAAUCACGGGCAAUUAAAACUUACAAAGUGGACUGAUGUCUU